AUGAACUAUUUUGAGGACACUGUUCUUAGUGGGAAAUGGGAUGAGGCAGAGAGGUACCUCUCUGGUUUCAUGAAAUUCGAUGACAAUCGCUACUCGACGAAGAUCUAUUUCCAGAUCAGAAAGCAAAAUUUCCUUGAGGACAUUGACAACAAUUGUCGCGCCAAGGCGUUAGAUAUCCUCAUGAAGGAUCUCAAAGUUAUCGCCGAAGGUAAUGAGGAGCUGUUCAAAGAAAUGCAUCACAUGUGUAUGGGUUCAAUCCAACAGGGAUCAUAA